AUGGACGAAUGUAGUGCAAGCGUAGACUCUCCAAUUGAUGCUGGUGCCAGCAAUACAGCUACCUCAACAGCAAGUUCAUCACAGAAUGGCACCAUUACUGAGGAAUGCACACAGUUACAAUCGCUUUAUGAUAAGUACAAUACCCAGCAAAAGGAGAUUGAAAGGUUAGAAGAACAAAAUUCUGAGUAUCGUGAGAAGCUGUUGAAGACGAUCCGAGAACGUGAUUUGAAUGAUGAACUCUUGCGGAACGUACGUGAUGCACAUAAAAAAGAAGUUACAGAGUUCGAAAAGCGUAUAAGAGAUUAUGAAAUACAAUUAAAGGCUGUCCAGGUCAGACUUAUUCUCUUUUUUUAAGU